UAACUGUUUCAAACAUGUAUCACUAUAAUAAGUCACACAGAUGCAGGACAGUCCAGAGAGAACACAUAGAUACAGACGUAUAUUAGAGUUGAGAUAAGUAGAAGUUACUGUAUUGGACCACCAGUGUGUUAACAUGUCAGAGGGAGUCUAUGAAAUCUCAGAUGGAUUUGAAGACGAUGAACCUGAUGCAAUAAAGAACACAGACAUUGAUGACCAAUUAUAUGCCAACGUAAGAGCCUUCAAACCCAGUCCAAGAGAUGGAGUUGUUGCUUCAGUACAUGUUCAGUGGUGGAAGAGACCCUCUGGAGUUGCUGCAGUGUGUCUGGGGCUGCUGUGUGUUCUCCUACUGGCUGGGAUCAUAGGCCUGUCUGUCUACUAUGGAGUCAUUGGUCAUCAUGACUCAAAAUUGAGAGAACAGCUACAGACCAGUUACAACACCCUGACUAAAGAGAGAGACCAGCUACAGACCAGUUACAACACCCUGACUAAAGAGAGAGACCAGCUACAGACCAGUUACAGCACCCUGACUAAAGAGCAAGACAAGAUACAGACCAAUUACAACACCAUGACUAAAGAGAGAGACCAGCUACAGACUGAGAGAGAUGUUCUCAGUGGAUGGCUUACCAGUCUCAAACAAACCUGUCCUGAACGCUGGCAGAAGUUUGAAUCCAGUUGGUACUUCCUGUCUACUGAGACUAAAACCUGGAAGGAGAGCAGAGAGGACUGUUUGCAGAGAGGAGCAGAUCUGGUGAUCAUAAACAACAAUAAGGAACAGGAGUUUCUCUUCAACCUCAACAAGAGAGUCUGGAUUGGUCUGACUGACUCUGUUACUGAGGGGACCUGGAGAUGGGUGGACGGCACCCCUCUGACCACCCCAAGGUACUGGUCUUCACAUCAGCCUGAUAAUGGUGAUGGCAAACCAGAAUAUGGUGUGGAGGACUGUGUUCAGAUACGUAAAGAUCAGAGUCCUCUGGAGGCGUGGAAUGACGUGUCAUGUCGCAGCAAACUCAACUGGGUUUGUGAGAAAGUGUUUUAACAUCACCAUGACAACAUACUGUAACACAUACAGUAGCCUAUAGUGCACACAACCUCCUCCUUCAUUCUCUCUCUCUCUCUCUCUCU